CAAGCUUCAAUCAUUGGUGCCAUAUCAAUAAUAAGGAGCUUUAUGAUACCCAAGUCUAAAAGGAACCUUUCAAAGCUGAAAUGGAUAAAAUCAUACACUCCAUUAGCCAAUAGAAUUGAAAGAAAGUCACAUUUGAGCCAUGAUCCAUUGAACACAAAACUGCAUCUAAUCUUGACACUGAUGCACCGUUUAAACAUUCGUUCUGUGAAAGUGCAUAAAAAAAAACGGUUCAUCAGGAACAAUAAUUUAUUAGAAUUCGCCUUUGAUUAUGAAUUGUUAUUCUUUGAAAUAUAGGCAUGAAAAAAUUACUGUUUCUUUUUACUUUGUUUUGCUAAUCAAAGUAUUCCUUCUGUGUGUGGAAAUAUCCGGAGCUCGCAUCUCAUGAAGAGCGGGGCCUCAAUUUGUCUUCGUUUACAGUCAAAAACGGCAGUUGUCGGUGAAAUAGUGAUCUAGAAACUUCCCUCAGUAGCCUGGUAGAUAGUCCCCCUUCGCUUCCGAAAGUCUCGUCAAAUAUUCUUAAACUCUGAAGCCUGACAAAUUGAGCUCAAUGCACGCCUUGACCUGUGAAGCGGAAAGCCCUUCUUUAAAGAAGCAGCGACGACCCUCGGCCUAGCGCACUUGCAAGAGAGCAGCCCCGACAGAAACAGCAUCAGAAAUGACACGCUACCGUAUUCUGGACUACAGCUUCACGACUGCCGCCGAACUGGCAAGAGCCAUCCUGGAGUACACAGGACAGUCUUUUGAGGACAAACGAGUUGACAAAGAUAAAGCAGCGGACUUCGAAAAGGGGACUCCUUUCGGCACCUUGCCGGUUCUAGAAGUGGAAGGGAGGGUGAUCGCCCAGCAUCAGAGCAUCUGCCGCUACCUGGCCAGGCAGCAUGGGCUGUGCGGCCAGGACGAGACGGAGGCAGCCCUCUGUGACUUGGUGAUGGACGGUCUCUGGCACAUGUUUUCGAAAGUAAGGCACGCCGAGGUGCAUCAACUCAGCAAGGAGGAGAGGUGCGCCGUGAUCAAGAAAAUGAUAUCUGAGGACGCUCCUGCCUACCUGGACGCUUUCGAGAGAAUGCUAAAAGAAAGGAAGGACGAGAAAGACUUCAUUGUCGGGAAGGAGGUGACCUGGAGCGACAUCGGGCUGACGUUGGCCCUCGCCGCCCUUAAGUACCGGCACGGGCUCAGCUUGGAGAGCCGACCGAAUCUUCAAAGCUACCUCGCCCGUAUGAUGGAGGUCCCCCAGCUUGUGGAAUUCCUUGCCAAAAGGGCGCAGGAAGAGGCUGCUAUCUGAUUUAUUUCCCUGGAAUAACAUAAUUGUCAGUACUGUUUCUUGCACAUAAAAAAAUCAAAAUGUAUUAGAGAAUGUCAUUUUCUAAUCACAUAAAAAAAAAUAUUUCUCAGUUUUGCAGCUGUGUCAAAUGUUAUAAAUUUCGAAUACAGAAACAUAAUUUUUAAAAUUUUGA